AUGGGUAAUUCUCAGGGCAAGCUCUCUUCUCCAGAUCAUCCAGUCAAUUUGAACCAAUUCAGAUUACUUCGCGUUGUGGGAAAAGGUGCUUUUGGAAAGGUCCGCAUCGUCGAACGGAAAGAUACAGGUCUCACUUUUGCCUUGAAAUAUAUCCGAAAAGAUGAAGUCGUCCGAUCGGAGAGCGUGCGGAAUAUUAUUCGCGAGCGGCGCAUGCUCGAACAUCUUAACCACCCCUUUCUCUGUAACUUGAGAUACAGCUUCCAGGACAUGGAGUACAUAUACAUCGUUGUCGACCUUAUGAACGGUGGUGAUCUUCGAUUCCAUAUAUCGAGAAAAUGCUUCACCGAAGAGGCGGUUCGAUUCUGGAUGGCGGAGCUUGCAUGCGCUUUGCACUAUAUCCACGGACAGGGCAUCGUACAUCGAGACGUUAAGCCAGACAACAUAUUACUGGACUCAGAGGGACACGUUCAUCUCGCAGAUUUUAAUGUUGCGUCAGACUUCAAACCCUCCAAGCCACUUACAAGCAGAUCCGGGACAAUGGCAUACCUUGCCCCUGAGGUCUUUCAAGGAGGCGGUUAUCUAUCGAAUGUCGACUGGUGGUCACUUGGGGUAACGUUCUAUGAAUGCAUCUACAGCAAACGACCCUUCGAUGGUCGGAGCCACAACUCACUCAGCGAAGCUAUUAUGCGCAAUCAGCCCAAAUACUACGUCACUAACCCAGCUGUCACUGUCCCUUGCCUCCACGCUCUCAGCGCUUUACUGGAAAAGGACCCCACAAAACGUAUUGGCGCCAUGAGCUUCGAAUCGUUCACUUCUCACUCUUUCUUCGCUCCUAUCGACUUUGAAGCCCUGCAGAGAAAGGAGAUCGAACCGGUUUUUGUACCGUCAAGCGACAAGACCAACUUUGAUGCUACAUACGAUCUUGAAGAGCUUUUACUAGAGGAGGCGCCUCUGGAAGCGCGUGCUCGCCGCCAGAAACCCCGCGCUGAACUCAAGGAUGAUGCUACAGCCAAAGAAAUCCGAGAAGACGAGCUUCAUCGUAUCAUAGAAACCAUGUUUGAGCCAUUUGACUACACAACGAUGAACUACGAAACCACUGCUGCGGCUGCUAUUGCUGCCUCAGCUAACCCAGAAGACUGCCUCGAACUAACAACGUCGCCAAGUCAUCGACGUCGGCGCCGUCAUACUAGCUCCCAGGGCCGCUCAGAAUCCUCCUCACCGUCGGUCCGGACGGACCAGUCGACCCGAACGGACAAGUCCGUUAGGACAGAAAAGUCUUACCGAUCUACUACAUCCGACCAGGCCCAUGGCCAGAAUAUUGUGCCAGCUGAUAGUGUAAAUCCUGGCUCCCCAUCCUCUGAUCGUGGCGGCGCCCUCUCCCGCUCUCCUCCAACCCAGCCUCCCCCUGGUCCUCCUUCGCUCCCGUCCCAACGCCAUGCCAACCGCUCUCAUACCAUCACCUCGACCAGCCAAGGCGUUCCACAGCUCUCUCCUCCCCCUCCUCCUCCACCACCGCCGGCGCAACUGGCACAAUCCCAACCUCGCGGUUCAACGCGGAACCGCAGUAAAUCUGGAGGUGUCCAGAUGGUUCUCGAAGAGACAGGCAGUUGGUCCGGAUUAGCUGAUCAGACUGCUAACGGCGAUGCGCUUGCGAACGGGAACUAUCUACCAAAUGGCAACGGGUCCUCUACAACUAUUCCUGGCAAUACAUCCGGCGGAAUGUUUUCUUUCUUCAGCCGAAAGAAGGGCAGAGAGAGAAGCCCCAAACCCUCCGAGCGCGGAGUCCUUGGAAAAGAGGGUGCGCGAGUUGUGAUCUCCGGCUGA